AUGGCUCAAACAUGCUCUCCUCGAGAUCAUGGGGUCGAUGCCAACUCUGAGGUCUCGCGGAAGCGCGCAAGGCUGACGGACUCGCCAACAUCUAACGACGAUAUCCCAAUAGAAGCAUUAGAGCCCGAAUGUAUUACUCCCGACUACGGUGACGCUAUCGUGAUUGAGGGCGACGCUUUCUCAGACAUGGCCGACUCACACCAGAAUUCGCCGGGCCAGACUGCCUCUAGUGAGUGCCACAAAGCAGAACAACAACCUCAACAUUAUUGUAUGAAACCCGCUGACUUCGCACGCCGUCUUGAAGGUGCCCUGGAGCAGUAUCGCCAGGAAGUCUCGGGCACUGCGCAGCAAAUCAGCAAGGAUGAUUUCAACGCAAUCAUCGAUUGGCUUGAGAAGAACACGGAUGCUGCCGCGCAAGUCUUGCAUGAGAGCUUUCGCCAAGUCCGUGACCCAGCGGAGUGCAUGCUAGCGAUACUCAAUGGAGCAAUCUUCCCUCGCAUUCGUGAAAGGCAUCCGGGUGCGCUACCGCCAAACUUCCACACCUUGACCGUUAAGAUCGGCAUGGAGGCAACAGAGGUUCGCGCUACGACAAUGGACUACAGCCCCUCGGACUGCUACGCACUAUAUCGCAAAUUUGUGCAGGGCGAGCAAGAUAUGUUACUGGAACAGGACGCGAACAACGAGGCUGGCUUGGAAGAGCUUUGCCAAGGCGCUCCAGCUAUACGGACCCCUUUGCUGUAUUUUGCGUUUGCACUUCAGGCGGACAUGAAGUACAUCAUGAGUAGCAUCAUGGACAUUCGCCGACUUGGUGUUUUCAUGAUGUGUGCUCACUUAUUGCGAGUCUACCAUGGCUUCGUCGCGCGUGACAGCAUGCAUGAUAGUCAGCACGCUGUACCGCAAUAUGCCAUUCGGUUCAUCAAGGGCAACGACCUGAUCGGGUACAUUUUCGGUCCCGAGUCGCACGCCAGCAUCAUAUUGCACUGUCGCGAUAUAGUGUGCUUCCUCGCAGUCACCUCAACGAUCUCCAAUGAUGAACUCGAUGUGAUCUGGCGAACGGCCACAACCAGUGUGGAGGCUGAGUUUUCCAAAUCCUCAUACAGCAUACUGGAACAGACAUGCACACAUCUGGGACUUGAUAACCUUCUGCAUUUGGCCGAGCUGUAUACGACCACGCCUGUCGACAGGAUCAUGGAGCCUCUUGCCGCUGCAUGCUUAACCCAGAUCUUCAGGAAAAUACACGAACACAUAGACACAGCCGACGACGCUGCUCGGGAGACCCCUUCAAUGACCAUCACCCGGACUGCAAUACAUUUUCUGCAGAUUCUCCAUCAAGCUCCGCCUUCUGAGCCGAUCAUUGAGCUGCAGCAGAUUGUCACAGCGGAGAUCAAUUUCGCGGCGCACUAUCCUUCGGACUGGAGAUUGAGCCUAUACGAGUGGUGCUUACCUGCAAUCCUGGAGAAGACCAAAGCAGCGACAGCUGUCUACACUACACUGGGUGUCAUGCUUCGGGCCGUGGAGACUUCUGACGAGGCUAAUGUCGUGCUCGAGAAGCUCCCAGCAAGCGUCGCGGUCGCAGGCUUACGAGAAUACGUGGAGGAUCCGAUCUCGCGUUCGAAUGAAAUUGACUUCGAGCUGGGCUUGCGAGUUCGAUUGGGCGUCGUGCUUCUCCUUCUUGGUUUCGCACCAGAAGCUGAACUUGAUCGGCACGAGAAUACCUUGUUCGACACUAUGCUGGGCGAGUGCGCGCUAGACAACCAUCUUCGCAAUGUUGCUUGGCAGGAGCUGACUACACUCACGCAUUCACUAAGGCACGCUCGGGCGGCUGAAAGACUACUGAAGCAUUAUCUCGAUACUACUGUAUCGGUGAUGCCCGCCGAGUUUGCAACACCAAUGCUAAUUGAUCUCAUGUCAUGCAACCUGAAGGAGAUGAUCCGGCGUAGUAUCGUGUCAGACCCCGAAUCGAGCCCACUAGAUCAGCCACUCUGGAAGGCUUUAGUCCGUUUCGCGGUACACGUUCCUGUCGAAGAUGCCUCGAAAGCCGCCAUGGAGGCAAUCUGUGACCUGCUUUUUGUCUGGCCAAUGAAAGGUGGAGCGAAGGACACAUUGGCUCAAUGUCAUGUACGCUUCGUUGGGGACUACGUCGACUGGCUGUGCGCCACCUACAUGGACACAACACACUUGGAUGCUGCAAGGCAGGCAAUGGGCUUUCGACAGGCUCUGCGGGUACUUACCAUGGUCUUGCGCAAAAGCAGGACCGUUCAACCUGCUGCACAACUGUUGGCGCCUAUGGCACAAAUAUCUCUGGAUGGCAGCGUUUCAGAUGCAGACGCCCUAUGCUUCACCGUUCAGACAUGCUCGCCUCAAUCUCGACCGCGGGUCACCGACGUAAGGGCGAAUGGUGGGACCACCGCCAGGCAGCUGUUGGAUGCUUUGCCGGAGGUCACGGCGGCUGCCGCAAGCAUCAAGGUCAUCAUCUCUGGUCAACAAAUCGACCUUGAAGCUGCUGGGCGUAGAACUCUGUCUGAACUUGGUCUUACAGCUACAGGUUCGAUCAUGAUCUGCCCCACAUAUGAUUUCGAUUGCAAUCUUGAUGCAGUGUUGACAGUGUCAGGUCCGAUUGAACAAGAGCUACUCGCACAAUACGAUCGCAUCGAGCCUUUCCUGGAUGGCUCGGUAGAGUUUGCAAACUGCACAUUCGACUUCCUCAAGAGGCUCCGGGCGUCAAAGAGGACGCGCGCUCGUGUCUGCGCAGCUGACGCUACCGUGGAUCAGCUCUUUCCUCACUUAAGACCUCUGAGGGUGUCGCAUUCUGCUCAAGUGCUGCAUGACACGUUGCAAGCUUAUAUGAAGCUCGGCGUCGCGGACGAAACAUUUAUUACUCGCAGUAUCCGCCUACUAGCUGCGUACGUGAUCGACCCACGGCGUGACACGGACUACGAUGCUCUGCCGCGAGUUUCUGCCUGUCUAUUUGCCUUCCUCAAUGAGAAGUCAAAGGCUAAUCGGACGCCCUGUCUGGAGGAUGGCACACUGUUCAGCACCCGGAUGAUCGAAGUCAUUAAUCGAAGGCUGCUGUUUGUCAAGGCGGAUGACGAACCCAGCGCUUUGGUACACAACAGUCAGCUUGUUUCAUCGCUGUACAAAUCUGUCAUCCAGGCCUGCAGGAUCGACGCCCAAAUUUGGACCAGUCUUGCGGCUCACGCUGGGUUCGCGGCUCUACACACCUCAUUGUGGCUGCAUGCAGUUGGUGAUCUAUCACGAAUGGUCAUUCAGGCUGCCAGUAACUUUUGCCUUGGCUCCGAAGCGCCCAAUGCAGCCAAGAACGACUACUGGAGAGCAGUACUGGUCACACUUCCGUCGGCACUGCACGCAGACGUCAACAGAUCAGCAUUCUUCGGUCUCGCUGUUAACCUACUGAACAAGAGUGACGCCAUCCGAUCCUCAGAAGAUGCUGCCAGAGCGCUAAUUACGGACGUGACAAGUUGUCUCGCAACAUACGAGCACACCGAAGCACCAACGCACCCUAUCCCAGACGAGGCGGUCAUUGGCAUGCUGCAGAUACUCGGAUGUGCCAUCGUGGUCCUAAAGAGCUUUAAGAAGCGUCUGAAUCUCGAGGACGUUGGCGCAACCUUGUUCGACACACUGCUGUUCCCACCGCCUGAAUCAGUUUCACAGCCUGUGUUGGCUGAACAGACACGCGGAUUGCUUUACGACGCGAUCAAAGCAACGGUCGAGACUCCACAAGACUACGCUCGACUUGCCCAGAAGUCUGUCGAGGUUAUUCGAACACUGGGCGAGAACUACAACGAACACUUUCCAGACAUGAAUGGUUGGCACCGAGAGUACGACUUACCAGCCGGCUUGACCAAUCUCAGUAUGACCUGCUACAUGAAUUCUUUACUCCAACAGCUCUUCGCCAAUAUCGCCUUUCGCAAGUUCGUCCUUAACAUCCCCGUCGUGGAGACGCUCAAGCAGCCUUUGCUCGAGGCUGUCCAGAGCCUGUUCGCUAACAUGCAAAGUGGUUCCGUGCCUUGUGUGGCAACGCAGCACCUGGUAAGUGUUCUUGGCGCAAAUCCGAAUACGCAGGAAGACGUACAUUAUUUUUAUGCAAAGCUGCUUGCGCAACUGGAGCAAGAGCUACCGAGCGAAGACUACAAAGAGACACUCUCGACCUUCUUCACCGGCAAAUUCGUAACGCAGAUCAAAGGCGAAUGUGGCCAUAUCUCCUCAACGUCCGAGGACUUCACGGAUGUGCCGAUCACUGUGAAAAACAAAGCAAACCUGACAGAAGGCUUGCAAGAGUUUGUGCAAGGCGAGCCCAUGCAAGGCGCUAACAAGUACCGGUGCAUGACAUGCAGCCCUGACGACGGCGGGCGACUCGUCAAUGCUAUGAAGCGUUCAUGCUUGGAAAAGACGCCGGACAAUGUCACAUUCUGUUUGAAGCGUUUUGCGUACGAGUCGUACGACUCACAGCAAGCGAAAGUGAACGAUCGUUUCGAGUUCCCACCUCAGAUCGAUCUGGCAUCAUAUCGAUUGGAGAGCCUCGAUGGAAAGCAACCACAUAGCGAACCAGAUAUGUUCGAUCUUGUCGGGGUUGUGGUGCAUCAGGGAGCGCUGGACUAUGGUCACUAUUGGUCCUACGUAAGGAUUCGAAAUUCUGCCGAUCCACCAACUUGGAUGAAGAUUGAGGAUAACAUCGCCAAACGUUGCGAGAAUCUUGAGCAGAUGCUUCGAGAAUGCUACGGUGGAUUGCGCACCUUCAAAGGCUCUGAAAAGGAUGACAAUGCUUACAUGCUGUUCUACCAACGCCGUUCUCGCAGACUCGAAGACAUGAGUCUGCUGAAGCAGGCUCGCGUGUCUCGCAGACUACUUCGAGAGCUGUUGCCGCACGUCGAGAUGCCAACAAAGAUGACCCAGGACAUUGCCACAUAUGCUGCAUGGCGAUGGAGGAUGGGGCAUGUGUAUUCGCCGCAGUUUGCACAAUUUGUUGAAUGGCUCCUUGGCACUUCUGGGAGACUGCCAUCUGCUUCACAGGCAGCCAUUGACGUCCAAGACACCACGAGCAAUGAGCUGGAGCUGCAACAAGUGGAUCAGCAAGACGCCGAACUGCUCAACACAUUGUCAGAGCUAGCUGCUCGUUAUCUGCUACGUGUCUGUCUGAGAGACAUGAAUACGGCUUCGAGGACGGCCGCACUACUGCGGCUCGUCGAGCAUGAGAAGCUUGCGAACAGCACGCGUGAAUCAUUCGUGGCACGACUGGUCACGCAUAUGUCCAACGAUCCUGCUUUCGUGGCUGCAAUCUGGAUGACACCUCGCGCCGCCUUUCGUCGACCGGUGUCUCGCUUCCUCGCCACUUGUCUGCGCCGGUGGGGUGACGUUGGCAUUCAUGACGAGUUCAGGCCAUCUGAUGAGACUAUCGCAAAGCUCAUCGCGGCUCACGACAGCGUUCAUCUCGACAGAAUACACAACCUCUGGACUGAUUGGUUCGAAUUCAUGUCCCUUGCCAACCUUGCGCGCAGCGUAAUGGAAGCUGGCAUUUUCGACACCGUUUUUGAAGUGCUCUAUAUCGAGGUCUGCCCACCAGAAAUCCAGGCCAGAUAUCCUAACAUGAUCCUGGCCAUGAAGAAGGAAACUCUCAAUCUGACACCGCUUUUCAGCUUCCUCUAUGAAUUCCUUCGGAAACACGUGGAUCUCCAUGACUCGGGCUCAACAGUCAGCUAUACUGAGCACGAGGGCAUCUUCUACCUCGGGCAACGAGAUGUGGAAAACCUAUACCGAUGUCGACCUGGCACCACUGAGAAUUGCGAUUGGUGGUUGCUUGAUAUCGCGCUGAAGUAUACCGUCGUACCAGCUAACAGCGACUUGGUCAUGUUCUCACCGGGCAAGCUCUAUGGUCAUUUACUGAAAAGACCACCUCUGGAAUUCCUGAAACAAGAGCUUGACCUGAGGCUCAUACACACUCUGGUCGACCGCUUCGGCACUGAGCAGCACAAGCUGCUGCCCUUGCUGAGCAUGCUUCUGAACCACUGUUGCUCGCACGGCAACCAGAGUAGGGACAUGGUCGUGCAGCUGAGCAAGGAGAUGAUCGAGUGGCUCGACGCCUACGGCAUUGAGAUAGUACGCAGUUUCGGCGAGUGUGCCAAAAUUGCGCGCCUAUCUGCGCUCGAAGGUAUGUGCGAAUGGGUCCCGGCUUACUUGGUGUGUAACAAACCCCAAGUACGCGAGGCCACCAGAGCGCUGUUGGACGAGCAUAUGUUCCUGGAUCCGCAACCCAAUCCUGAAGAGACACCUGCUCGGAUCCGAUUAGCUCGUACUAUGACGAGCAAACUCGCGCCAUUUCUCCGCACGUCAUACCAGGAUGGCUCACGUAGGAAAUGUAUCCUGGAUGUCUUCGCGAUUGCACAGGUAACACUGCGAUGGCUGAAGGCGCUGCAUCGCGAAAUGGAGAAUGUUAGCAAGUUCACGCCACCCGAAAAGCUUAAAUUGAGCCCCAAGACCCUCGUUGAGUGCGAAGAGUCGAAGAGCGCUAUUGCCAGCCUCGAGCAGCUUUUCGACGAUUUGAAGGAGUGGGAGGUGGUCACCAGUCUUGUGACGAACGAGGAGACGGCACCGGAGGAUCUCCCAUCAUUGGGGGAGUCGCCAACGAAGACGACGCAUGUGAAGUAUGACAAGGAAGUUGAUGAGGACGAGGAUGAUGAUGAGGAUCCGCCGAGCGAUGAUAGUGCGUUUGGGGGUGAGGAUUAG